AUGGGUUCCUUCACAAAUUUCAUGGCAUCUGCUAUUUUCUUCAUAGUUUUAUCAUUUUUUCUUGUUCCCACAAGAACCCAAGAAGAAGGAUUCAUAUCUGUUGUCAUAUCCAGCCAGGGUCUUGAGUUUUCCAAGGACUUGCUAAUAGAGCAGGCUGUUUCCUCUAUAAUCCCCCUUCAACUGCCUCAGAUUGAAAAGUCUGUGAAAAUCCCACUUGUUGGCCAAGUUCAUGUUGUUCUAUCCAAUAUCACAAUCUAUAAUGUUGAUAUUGCUUCUUCAUAUGUGGAGACUGGCGACUCAGGCAUUGCUUUAAUUGCUUCAGGAGCCACAGCAAAUUUGAGUAUGGAUUGGUGGUAUUCUUAUAGCAGUUGGUUAUUUGAUAUUUCAGAUAAUGGGGACGCCUCCAUUCAGGUUGAAGGUAUGGAAGUGGGUGUUACCUUAGCUUUGAAUGGCCAAGAAGGAACUCUUAAGCUGUCUGUUUUGGAAUGCGGAUGCUAUGUGAAAGAUAUCUCCAUUAAGUUGGAAGGUGGAGCAUCUUGGCUUUACCAAGGGUUAGUGGAUGCUUUUGAAGGUCAAAUAGUUUCUGCAGUUGAAGACAAUAUUUCCAAGAAAAUCAGAGAAGGAAUAAUGAAGCUUGACUCCUUACUGCAAUCACUUCCGAAACAAAUCGCACUGGAUGACAUUGCUGCUUUGAAUGUUACAUUUGUGGGCAAUCCUGUAUUGAGUAAUUCUUCCAUUGAAUUUCAGAUCAAUGGUCUAUUCAUGGCUCCCAAUGAUGAUUUUGCUUCCAGACUAUACAAUAAAGGUUCACUAGGUCCUGUUCCAUUCAAUGCUCCAGCUAAGAUGGUUGAGAUAUCAUUACACGAAAAUGUCUUUAGCUCAGCGUCCUUAGUUUUCUUCAAUGCAAAUUAUAUGCAAUGGGUGAUCAACAAAACACCAGACCAGUCCCUUAUGAACACUGCUGGAUGGAAAUACAUUGUUCCUCAACUGUACAAGCAGUAUCCCAAUGAAGAUAUGGAGCUUAAUAUAUCUGUAUCUUCUCCACCAAUAAUGACAGUUGUUAGCAAUGGCAUUAAUAUCACUGUGUACCCUGAUGUGACAAUUAGUGUCAUGGAUGCUGAUGAAGUAAUACCAGUUGCGUGCAUAUCAUUGGAGAUUCAUGCUUCAUGUUCUCCAGAUAUCUUGAUAAAUAAACUAGCUGGUACAGUUAAAUUGAAUCAUGUUACUGCAUAUUUGAAGUGGAGCAAAAUUGGUAACCUUCACAUGCAUCUUGUUCAGGCCAUAUUGUCAACAAUUCUCAAAACUGUUGUGGUGCCAUAUGUGAAUUUACACCUCUGGAAAGGACUACCUUUACCACUUCCUCAUGGGUUUACACUACAUAAUUCUGAAAUUAUCUCCAUCAAUUCAAGGCUUUCCAUAUUCAGCGAUGUUGCGAUUGCAGAACGAUCUCCAACAUCAACGCCCAAAACACUUCAAACACACGAUAUUACAACCAAGGAGACCAUUUUGCACCAAUGCUAGGAAUACGAUCACCAACACAAACUACAACCACAGCAGUGGCAAUGCUGAGGAGACAAGUCUGAGUAGAUACCAUGACUCACUUAAGCAACUGGACAAGCUCAACUUCAUGAAAGCUGUAAAAAUCCUCUUCACUGGUCCACCUUCCAAAAAGAAGUUUGGGUAUUGCUUUGCUUUGCAUUUUCUGUUUCUUUCAUUUGUUCUCUGUGUUGGUUUUGUUUUUGUUCUUAAAUCUUGUAGGUUGUUUUUGGUUCUCAUUGGCAUUGUAUGAAACAAAUUUGUGCAUGCAUGUAGACACUAGACGCUUUGUAGCUGGGAGAAUGUUAAAAUGAAAAUUUUAUUGAAAUCAGUAGCGUGGUGGGUGUUUUAAGGUUUAAGUGAACGAGUGCUAACAAAGGUGGUGUGGAAAUAUUGAAUUUGAUGCCAUUUGCUAAAGCACCUGUUCAAGGAUAGGAAAAUGUUCAAGCAAAGGUUUGUGUAUGUGUAAAAUUUAAGAAGGAAUGCAUUUUAGUCAACCCCAAAUAAAUCAUUCUAAUUAUUUGAGUCUUUAAUUGUUAGAAUUUCCUAUUUGGAGUUAAAAGUAAACAAAUUUAAUGAUUAGGUCUUUGGUAAUACAUAAGUACUGGGAAAGGAACUUUAUACACUGUCACUAGUUUUGCAGUAAGCAACUUAAUUUUCAUCUCUUCUAGGCUAGAAUGACCUUAUUUGUGACUGCGUGCUCCAGAUUAUUUGCCAAAUAAAUCAUUAGAGAACGAGAUUAUCUGUACUUUAAAUGUGACUGGUAUCUGAGACAUGUUCUUACCUUUCUCCUUUUCAUGGUUAGGCUCGAUUUCCAUAUGGUACAACUGUUCUUUGCUUGCAUGCCUUCCUUGGGUGUGUAUCAUGUUUCAUAUUUGAUUUUCUCAUGGUUUCACACUACUAAGUAAGAACUUAUUUUGUGUAACAGCUGUGUAUCUGGUGGCUCAAUAUGCUCGCUAUGAAAUCAGAAGAAUGGAAGCUGUAACUGAACCAAUAUGCUUUUGUGCUGAUAUCUUUAGCCUAAAUAGUGCAUAUAUAUUAGUUGCUCUUUAUUGGAUUGUAUGCCAUUGUGUGUUUCUUCCAUCAUACCAUCGUACCAUCAUUUAUCUUUUUUCCUUUUUCUCCAUAUUUGCUCUAAAUCUAUGGUUCUUCUUUCAUUGUUUGAAUUCACCAUUUACAAUCCAAGGAUACUCCUCAAGAAUCUGUCUAGUUUCCUAAACAACCUUUUCAGAAACAUGCUGCAAUGAU